GUAUUCCAAAGUCAUCCUACACUCGACUUGACCUCAGACACAUGAGCAGUGUAACCCAGUUGAGAUGUGACACACACAUAUCAACUCAUCUCAUUAGUAUAUGAUUGCAGAGGCUUUGUUGAAAUGGUGAUCUAAGCCAUAGUACAAGUUUCAAUAUGCUUGUUUUCACUUGAUAAUACAAGUAAGAGAAUCUUAUCAAUCACACACACAUAUAUAGAUAUAUUUAUAACUACUUCAAAAGCUUACUGUGAUACCAUGGCUUCAUUAGCACCACCAUAUAUUCUCUGCUUCUUUCUUCUUUUCAUGUUGCUGUUAUGCUCCUCCACUGCCCAAGCUCAAAGAAACAUAUCUUUGGGCUCAUCUCUUACUGCAGCUAACAACAACUUGUUCUGGGAAUCACCAUAUGGUCAUUUUGCUUUCGGUUUCCAGCAAAUUGGAAAAGAUGGGUUUCUACUAGCUAUCUGGUUCAAUAAAAUACCUGAGAGAACUAUUGCCUGGUCUGCCAACCGAGACAAUCUUGUGCAGCAAGGAUCCAAACUUGAGUUGACAAAACUUGGGCUUGUUCUCAAAGACCCCAAAGGCAAUCAGAUUUGGGCUUCUGGUAUUUCAGGAGGUGAUGUUGCUUAUGGGGCCAUGCUUGACACAGGCAAUUUUGUCCUGGCAAACAGCUCUGCUCAUUUGUGGGAGAGUUUUAAGGAGCCAACAGACACAUUGUUGGUGGGGCAAACUAUGAGUCUAAACACAAGACUUGUUGCUCGGUAUUCGAAAACAAAUUAUUCAAGCGGAAGAUUCUAUUUCAUACUACAAUCAGAUGGAAAUCUAAUGCUUUACACAAGAAACUCCCCACUUGACGCCACCAAUUCUGCUUAUUGGCCGGCAAGCGACACUCCCAACAAUGGCUUUCAACUUAUCUUCAAUCAAUCUGGCUAUUUAAACCUUGAAGAUAAGAAUGGUAGCAUAGUAUAUACAUUGCCAUCAAAAGGUGCAACACGAGAUUUCUACCAAAGGGCCACUCUCGAAUAUGAUGGUGUUUUCAGGCAAUAUGUGUGCCCGAAGAGCAGUGAUCAAAGUUCUAAUGGGGAGAAUAUGGUGUGGACUCGGUCAUCAACCACUAUACCUUUCAAUAUAUGCUUGGUUAUUAUACAAAGAACAGGAGGUGGAGCUUGUGGGUUCAACAGCUACUGUAUAAUAAAUAGUGAACUGAGACCAACUUGCCUCUGCCCAGAAGGUUACACUUAUAUUGAUCCAAAUGAUGAUACAAAAGGAUGCAAACAGACUUUUGAAGCUCAAAGUUGUGAUGAAGGUUCAGGAGAUGCUGAUGAUUUUGAUUUUGUGAACAUGGAACACACGGACUGGCCUCUGUCUGAUUACGAGCAUCUUCAGAUGGCAAGUGAGAGUGGGAGUGAGGACAAGUGCAGGAAGGCUUGCCUAGUUGAUUGUUUUUGUGCUGCUGUAACUUUUUAUAAAGGUGAUUGUUGGAAGAAGAGAAGUCCUCUCUCAAAUGGGAUGUCAGACCCCUAUCUUAGUGGGAAAGCUCUAGUUAAGAGAAGAACACACAAUUCUACUUCAAAAGCAGGAGGCACAAAUGCUAGAAAGAAGGAUCAAUCUAAUCAUUCUACACUGGUACUCUCUGGAAUAGUACUUUUAAGCAGCUCAGUUUUUUUUAAUGUCCUUCUACUUGCAGCAGAUUUUUUGGUUCUUUUUCGCAUUUGUAAGAAAGCAAAGGUGAUAAAGCCAAAUGGGUUCUUACCAGAAAUGAAUUUGCAUAGUUUCACUUAUGCAAAACUAGAAGCAGCCACCAGUGGUUUCAAGGAGGUACUAGGAAGAGGGGCUUCUUCUAGUGUCUUCAAAGGGGUUCUAACAUUUGACGACAACCAAUUUAUGGUUGCUGUCAAGAAGUUAGAGCACAAGGUGAAUGAAAAUGGCCAAGAAUUUAAAGCAGAAGUAACUUCCAUUGGCUGUACAAAUCAUAAGAAUUUGGUUCAGUUAAUUGGGUUUUGUGAUGAAGGGCUACACAAACUUCUUAUCUACGAAUAUAUGAGCAAUGGAUCACUAGCAACCUUCCUUUUUGGACCUUCAAAGCCAAACUGGCUCUUAAGAGUGCAAAUUGCCUUGGGAACUGCAAGGGGACUAUUUUACUUGCAUGAAGAGUGCAGCACCCAAAUCUUACAUUGUGAUAUCAAGCCCCAAAACAUCUUACUAGAUGACUCUUACACAGCAAGAAUUUCUGAUUUUGGACUAGCCAAGAUUCUGAAGAUGGACCAGACUCGAACCACUACUGGAAUAAGAGGAACCAAAGGAUAUGUAGCUCCUGAAUGGUUUAGAAACAUGCCUGUCACAGUCAAGGUGGAUGUAUACAGCUAUGGAAUUUUGUUGUUAGAGCUCAUUUGCUGCAGAAAGAAUAUUGAGGAAGAUGUAAAGGAUGAUACCCAGAUGAUAUUGGCUGAUUGGGCAUAUGAUUGCUAUGCAAGUGGGAAACUUGAUUUUCUAGUUGAGAAUGAUUGUGAAGCCUCACAAGAGAUGAAAAUGGUGGAGAAAUAUGUGAUGGUUGCAUUAUGGUGUAUCCAAGAGGAUCCAUCACUUAGACCCACCAUGAAGAAAGUUGUGCUAAUGCUUGAAGGAACUAUUGAAGUCCCAGUUCCCCCAUAUCCAACUUCAUUUAUCAGUUCAAUAUAAUCUACUUUUAUAUGCAAUAAGUUUCAGCCAAUUAUGUACGUGAUAUAGAUUUGCAUCUCUAUAGUUAUAGGUUAGGUUCAUCCUCCAUAAAUAUUUGAAUACGAUUACAAAUGUUAUAACUUUCUUAUGCAAUCAAUCCUGGCUUGAUGAUAUAUACGUUUUUAAAAGAGUCAAAUGUUGAGAAAAUACUCUUAAUAUAAUAGAUGCAUUCGUCAAA